UUUUAUUUUCAUUUGUCGUUUAAAAGAAAACACCAGUCGCACGUGUUUAUUUCCAGCCACAAAUAUUAUAUUUUAAUAAUUUCUCUUGAAUUCUAUACAUUAACUAGUUAAUAGAAAUUAAACAAAUAUGGAAAAAUAUGCCGUUCCCAAUAAACUACCUGGCAAAACAGUCUCAGUUUUGACGCAUCGUAAACGUCGCAUUCUACAGGACAAGGCGACACUCGAACAAAAAAAGAAGCUAAAAACUGAACGUGUAGCUAAAGCUAAAAAGCACCACAAGUUUCGUAGAGCUGAAUCUUUUGUUAUGAACUACCUGAAGGCAGAGCGCACCGCCAAUCGUAUCAAAAGAACUGUAAGAUGCAGUAACAUUUUGGACACAAAUGAUGCCGAAAAGGUUAACCAAAAGUUGUUAUUAGUGAUGAGACAUGCUGGCAAGAAGAUCUUCGACGAAACCACAAAUAAAAUAAUGAAGUCUUUAAAUUUAAAUCUACGUCAGAAUGCUGUGUUUUUGGAGAACAACAAAGAGAAUCAAAUACUUUUGAAGGUGAUAGAACCAUUUGUGGUUUAUGGUUAUCCCAAUAUUGGCACAAUACGUGAGUUGGUGUUUAAGAAGGGUUUUGCCCGCGUCAAUGGCAAAAAGACAGCCAUUCAGUCGAACACCAUGAUUGAGGAGAACUUGGGUGAAAAUGGUAUCAUCUGUUUGGAAGAUAUAAUUCAUGAAAUAUUCACAGUCGGUCCUAAUUUCCAAGCAGUCACUCAGUUCAUGUGUGCAUUUUUGUUGUCAAGUCCCCGCGAAGGUUGGAAAAAUAAAGUUUCAGUUCCCUUUAAACGUGGCGGUGAAUAUGGUGAUCGCGGUAAUGAAAUCAAUGAGUUAGUAGCUCGCUGUCUGUAAAUGUAAUUAAGUUUUUUAUUUUAUAUAAAGGCUUUAUUAUAGAAUUUUUAAAUAAAUUUAGUUUUUUAGGUAAAAAAUAUAAAAGAA